UUUCUAUUAUUUUUCAGUUAAAAUGUACAUAUAGCUAUAUUUAGGCAAAAAAUUUAAUGUACAAUAAUAUAAUUAAAAAAAAUAAUAAUAAACCAGCCAAGCAAUGGGUCGUUAUGAGUAUGAAAAACUCACACUAUUACCUUUAAGUUCAAACAGUUCUAAUUCAACUAUUAAUCACUCAUCAGCAUCUUCAUCAUCGGCCGAUGGUGAUGAUAAUAGUGAUCAUGAGCAUGAAGAUUCUGCCGUUGAAUUCAAACAGAAUAAAACAAAACAAUUUCGCAAAAAAAUAGCCGGUGCCAUACGUACAACCUCAGCUACGUUAACAGCGAAUAAUCGACGCAAACUGCACAUAAAUCGUGGGUUGGGAAAACGCCUAACACGCCUAUUAUUGUGUGCUUUUAUGAUUCCCAUGUUGUUAUUUUUAACAUUUUAUAGUACUAUAUUCUCGGGUGCCUCAUCGAGACAUUAUCCCUUGUCCGAUUGGGAUUUUAGUGUGUCACGUAAUAUUAGUGAUUAUGUUUUGCCAUUAAAUGAUACGACAUUAUUGGAACCGCGUCAUAAGUGUCAUGAGAAAAUGUUCAUUUUAAUUGUUGUAUGUUCGAGUUUAAAUAAUUUUGUUGCAAGACAAACCAUACGAGAAACAUGGGGCAAUACAACGGAAUUCAAUUACAGCAUGUUUGAGAAAUUGCACUCGCAUUUAAGCGACAAAUAUUUGCGACCAAAACGCCAACGCAUUGAAUUAUUUCAAGAAUUUUUCAAAUUAAAUGGCAAUCAAACGACAGCAAUUCCACCAGCCGCAAUGCCAGUAAGAAUAUUAUUCUUAUUGGGUCAUACAAAAAUUGACACAGCUGACGGUAUGGGCGGCAACGGGGGUAAUAAUGAAACUUACAUACGUCUUCAACAAGAAGCCGAACAAUAUGAUGAUAUAAUACAGGAAAAUUUUUUAGAUACUUACAAUAAUUUAACCAUUAAAUCGGUGAUGGCUUUAAAAUGGAUAACGCGCAAUAAAUGUUUUGAAAAGGCUGCAUUUUUUAUGAAAUGUGAUGAUGAUACAUUUGUUAAUGUACCCAAUCUAUUGCAAUUUCUAUUGGGUGGCACCGUUCCACUGUACAAUGAAACAUUAGAUUACUAUGACAGUCGUACGUAUCAGACUUUAUCGGCCAUAAAUCGUUUAAAUGCCACCACCAACUAUAUGGUCGGUUAUAUGUUCUGUAAAGCUCCCGUUUUGGCAAAUGUUAAGAGUAAAUGGUAUAUGCCUUAUUAUAUGUACAGUAAAGAUUAUUAUCCCACUUAUUUAUCGGGUUCUGGUUAUCUAAUGUCCAUGGAUGUGGUACCACGCCUUUAUGAAGCUUCCUUAAAUACUAGUUUAGUGUAUUUAGAAGAUGUUUAUGUUACCGGCAUGUGUGCCGAAAAGGCCAAUAUACAAAGACAUCAUCAUCCUUUAUUUAAUUAUGGUCGUUAUAAGCAUUCGUGUACAUUGAAAGGUAUGAUAACUUUGCAUAAACUCACCAACGAUGACAUGUAUGCUGCUUAUAAUUUUGUAACAAAUGUUACAUAUCAUUGUCCGCCACCAGGUAAAUAUUUUAAGCGUAUACGUUUACGUAGAUUAAGUGGCUGUGGUUAAAAUUUAAUAAUUAUAUUUAUAAUGGUAAGUCCUCUUUAGCAUAAAGACACACUUUUUUCUUUAAGGGGAGUGUUUAAGAUUAUGAAAUUUGUUUAAAUUUGUGUUUUUUAUUCUUAAUUAGCACAAAUUUAUAAAUAACUAAAAGUUACAUUGUAGAUAGCUCAAAUUGUAUUGUAAGCAGUAUUUUUUAUUAAAAAUUAUUUUAGGAUUUUUUUAAUCUACAUUCUCUAAAUUCUUAUUUUGAAAUAAAAUUAGUUGUUGUAAGAUUUAGUUGGUUUAUUUUUGAAAUUAAACUGAAAAUCAGUCUCGACCAAAAUGCACACUACAUUUGCUAUGAAAAUAAAUGCUUCAUCAGCAAAAUAUUGUUUUAAAUUUUUAUCCAGUGACCGGAUUGUACAAAUCAUGGUGAUUUCGUUAAAAUAUUCCAAAUAUAUAUUUUUUGGAAUUUUAUAAACAUUCGAAGAGAUGCAGAAAUUCCAAGGAAAGAUUCGGACUUAAUGAUACAAAUCUUUUAGAAAGUCGAUAUAUAGUCCCUGGGUUUUUUCAAAUUUUCUUGGUCUGUAUUCUAUAGUCAAUAUUGUAUAUUCUAGACUCUAGUAUAGUUUAUAGUCUAUAUCUACAGUCUAGUCUAUAGUCUAGUCUAUAGUCUACA